AUGAACAAUCUCGUCGCAACCAGCCGCGAGCCGUAUACUAAGAAGCAAGGAAAACAGCAUCAGGUGCUGGCAGGCAAUUUCACUCUCGACCGGGCCUCCGGUGCCGGCCUAACUGUCUCGUCAAAAGCAGAUGGCACGUCCUCAAAGAAACGCAUCAUGCACCCGGCUCUCAAGAUGGCCUUUGAAGCCGCCUAUCCCUCCAAACACAUCCCGACCACCGGGACUUCAUCGACGUCGACUGUGCCGAGUUUGAAAAUCCAAGGGUUGGUCCAGAAGGACUGCUUUGAACCCUAUUUUGACGCCGCCGUUCAACAGCCGGAGGCCAACAGGGGAUUCCAGCCUGCGGCCACUUCACUCUUCCAGCGAGUUGAUUUUGCCGGCGAAGGAGGCGAAGACGUUCUGAAAAAUCCCUGCUUCCAGUCGAUUCCCGCGGCAGCCCAGGAGUUCGAUGUCUUGUAGUAGGUGUUUAAGGAGCGGCAGGACAUUUUAGCCACGUUUGUGCGGCAGAUAGCAAUGCCUAUGGCAGAGAUGCAGCCCUCAGUAUUUG